CUGUUAUUUCACUUACUACCUUUUCUACAGGAUUGGAAGAUGGCGUCGAGCGGAGGAGAAGGGGAGCACGAAUGGAGAGCGGCAGUUCGGCCGCUUUUAUCAGCUUCCUACACCGCUUUUGAAACGAAGGAGCUCCCUCAGCUCGUUGGUUCUAUUAUCAACAGUGAAUCUGAUAUACUUCUUCAUGACAAACAAUAUGAGCCGUUCUACUCUUCAUUUGUGGCACUCUCGGCCCAUUACAUCACCACAAUAUGUGGUCAAAUACCCCGAAACCAGCUGCUCUCUGUUGCUGCAGCGUGCAAAGUCUUGAUUGAAUUCUCUCUGUUGCGCCUGGAGAACCCAGAUGAAGCAUGUGCAGUUUCACAGAAACACCUGAUUCUUUUAAUAAAAGGACUCUGCACUGGAUGCAGCAGACUGGAUCGCACAGAGAUAAUAACAUUCACUGCAAUGAUGAAAUCUGCUUCAUUGCCUGAAACAAUCAAGACUCUGUCAGAUGUGGAAGACCAGAAGGAGACACCCAGUGCAGUGAACCCAGAGCUCAGACAAAAAGAAGUGCAGAUGAAUUUCCUCAAUCAGCUGACUUCAGUUUUUAACCCUGACCUUACCACCAUCCUGGCCUCCCCAUUGACUGCUCACAUGCAGGCUGAAAGUGACAGUGAUGAUCAAACCUCAGAUCAAGCUGCCCAGUCCAAAAUGAAGAAUGCCUUUGUUUCCCAGAAUGUGUCAAGCUUACAGGAACUAGGUGGGUCAGAAAAGUUGCUGCAAGUGUGCCUCAAUCUUCCCUACUUCCUGCGCUACAUUAAUCGCUUUCAAGAUGCCGUCUCAGCGAACUCCUUUUUCAUAAUGCCGGCGACAGUAGCGGAUGCUACAGCUGUCCGAAAUGGAUUUCAUUCACUGGUCAUUGAUGUAACCAUGGCUUUGGACACCCUCUCACUCCCUGUUCUUGAGCCUUUGACUCCAGGGAGACUACUAGACAUGACUGUUCUGGCUCUGAGCUGUUUAUAUGCUGGUGUGAGCGUGGCCACUUGCAUGGCCAUUUUGCAAGUGGGGAGUGGUUUGCAGCUUCGUUCUGCACCUACUGGAAGUAAAGAGGAGGAUUAUGAAAAUGAUGCAGCCACAAUAGUCCAGAAAUGUUUGGAAAUCUAUGAAAUGAUCGGCCAAGCUAUCAGCAAUUCACGCCGAGCUGGAGGAGAGCAUUAUCAGAACUUUCAACUAUUGGGUGCCUGGUGCCUUUUAAACAGCCUUUACCUGAUUCUCAACCUGAGCCCCACUGCGCUGGCUGACAAAGGAAAAGAGAAGGAUCCUCUGGCUGCCCUCCGUGUCCGAGACAUUGCAGCUCGGACCAAGGAUGGUGCGGGUUCCCCAAAAUUAGGGCCUGGGAAAGGACAUCAAGGAUUUGGAGUUUUGCCUGUAAUCCUAGCAAACCAUGCAAUCAAACUUUUAACAUCAUUGUUUCAAGAUCUGCAAGUUGAGGCCCUCCAUCGAGGUUGGGCGAGUGAUGGCCCACCAGCUGAGCUCAACAUCAUGGCACAGAGUACUUCCAUUCAACGGGUUCAGAGACUCAUUGACUCUGUCCCCUUGACCAAUCUACUCUUUACCCUCCUGUCCACUGCUUACAAAAAGGCUUGUGUUCUUCAGCGCCAGAGAAAGGGCUCGGUCAGUAGUGACGCAAGUGCAUCCACAGAUUCCAACACAUACUAUGAGGAUGAUUUCAGCAGCACAGAGGAAGACAGCAGCCAAGCAGAGAGAAGACAGGAGAAGACAAGUGCAGCUUGUGUCUCAGAUGAUGACAGUGAGCCCAUUUUGGGACUUUGGUUCGAAGAGACAAUUUCGCCAACCAAAGACAAAGUAGCACCCCCUCCACCCCCACCACCGCCUCCUCUGGAAACCUCUCCCAGAUUGAAGAGCCCUAGUAAGCAGAACCCAAGUGAAAAUGGCAACAUUCUUGCUGGUCGGAAAGAUCCAGAAUUGUUCCUAUCCUUGGCCUCAAGCAUUUUGAAUUUCAUCACAACAUCGAUGCUCAAGUCCAGAAACAACUUCAUCCGCAACUACCUGAGUGUGUCUCUGACUGAGCAACACAUGGCAACAUUGGCGAGCAUCAUCAAAGAUGUAGACAAAGAUGUCAAAGGCUCAUCAGAUGAAAGAUUUUCCUUGGCUCUCUAUCACUUUAACCACACACUGGUUACAUCAGAUCUGCCAUCUCCAGCUCUGCAGAACACUCUUUUGCAGCAGUUAGGUGUUGCCCCAUUUUCUGAAGGUCCUUGGCCCCUCUACAUCCAUCCUCAGUCCCUCUCAGUCCUCUCCAGACUUUUGCUCAUAUGGCAGCAUAAAGCAAGUGUGCAAGGGGAUCCUGAUGUUCCUGAGUGCAUGAAGGUUUGGGAAAGAUUUCUGGGAACUUUGAAGCAGAACACCCUUCAAGGCUCUGCUCAUGGAGAGGACGACCUCAAUGUCGAGCACCUUCAGCUGAUGCUCCUCCUGUUUCACAAUUUAUCAGAGCGUGGGCGGCGAUCAGUACUCACCUUGGUCACUCAAGCAAUCACAGAAGUGGCACAGAGCAGAGACUCCCAGCUUAAGGCCGUGCCCCUUAACCUUGCUCGCCUUUUGCUGGUGUUUGAUUACCUCCUGCGUCACUAUUCCAAAGCUCCAGUUUACCUCUUUGAACAGGUGCAGUACAACCUCCUUACCCCUCCAUCCACUGGGCCAGACGGCGGGAAGCGUGGUGGUCUGCCACUUUACUAUGGUUUCAAGGAAGUGGAGGAGAACUGGGCCAAACACUGCUCUGCAGAUUCAAAUGUUCAGCCCAAGUUCUACUGUGUUUUGUCACCUGAAGCAUCUGAAGAUGACGUCAGUAGGCUGGACAGCAAGGUAUUUCCCAAACUGUUCAACGGAGCAGUUAAAUACGAUGACCUGUACGCAUGGCUCAUUUCACUUCUGGCAGCUGGAUCUCAGUUAGACACAGCAAGAAGAAAGGAGAGCAAGACGAUUACACCCAUGGAGGCCUGUUCACUUCAGUACUACUUUCUUGUGUUGUGGAGGAUACUGGGUGUUUUGCCACCAUCAAAAGCCUUCAUGGAGCAGCUUAAGGCUGGCUCAGUAGAUCCCAGUGACAGUGACAUUCUGCACACACUACGAUGGUCCUCCCGGCUGCGUGUCCCCACCUACAUGAACUGGAUCAAGGAGCACUUGGUAAAGCAAGGAAUGAAAACUGAACAAGCAGCCUCUUUGGUUGAACUGACAGCUGCACAGUGCAGCAGCGUGAAGUAUGAUGUGGAGCUUGCGGAAGAGUACAUAGCCAGACAAACGUCCACCUUCUCUGGUGUUGACCGAAAUGGAAUCCUUCCUCUUCACCAGUUGCCCUCUCUGCAAGCUAUUUACUCACUGGAUGCAGUCAUUUCCAAAGUCCAAGUUUCCUUAGAUGAGCAUUUGUUCAAGGUUGCAAUUGAAGCUGACACACACAAGACCUCUGAGAUCACAAAGAACCUUUUGUCUGCAACACUACAGCUCACUGAUGUUUACACAGCUUUUACAAGGUCAUACCUGCUGAUGAACAUCCCAGAAGAAGGAGAGGACAAGCUGACAGAUGCCAAGCUUCAAGGUUAUGCUGCAGUUUUGUCCAUUGGUUCAACCCGCUGCAAGGCCAACAUUCUUGGUCAAAGUGUUAUGCAGUCCCUCCCAUCAUCUGUUCAGACAAUAUGUGAAACUUGGAACAGCAUCCACACCAAUGAAUUUCCCAACAUAGGCUCAUGGCGAAAUGCCUUUGCCAAUGAUACCAUUCCAUCUGAAAGCUACAUCAGUGCCAUUCAAGCUGCUCAUUUAGGGACCUUAAGCUGCCAAUCUUUGCCCCUGGCUUCAUCUCUUAAACAUAUUCUGCUGUCAUUGGUUCGACUCACCGGGGACUUGAUUGUCACGGAGGAGCUGAAUCCCUCACAGGUUGUCCAUACCCUGCUGCCCCUGGUCCUUGAGAGCAGCACAGAAAGUGUGGCUGAAAUAAGCAUUACCUCACUUGAACGCAUUCUGGGCCCCUCAGAGUCAGAUGACUUCCUUGCUCGCAUCUAUGAGCGACUAGUCACCGGAUGUUACAAUAUCAUUGCUAAUCACUGUGAUCCUGAAAGUGGUUUGGAUGAGUCUCUUCUUGAGGAAUGCCUUCAGUACCUUGAAAAACAGCUGGAAAGCACUCAGGUCCGCAAAGCAAUGGAAGAGUUCUUUUCUUUCAGUGGGGAGCUUGUGCAGAUUAUGAUGGCAACUGCCAAUGAAAAUUUGUCUGCAAAGUUUUGCAACAGAGUGCUGAAAUUCUUCACAAAGCUUUUUCAGCUCACGGAAAAGAGUCCCAAUCCCAGUUUGCUUAGUCUGUGUGGCUCUCUCGCCCAGUUAGCAUGUGUGGAACCCCCUCGCCUGCAGUCCUGGCUCACACGUAUGACUGCUGCACCACCAAAAGAUUCAGAGCAACUGGAAAUAGUACAAGAAAACCGUCAGCUUCUGCAACUACUUACCACUCACAUUGUGCGGGACAACAGCCAGGUUGGCGAAGGAGUGUGCACUGUUCUCCUCAGUACAUUGAUUCCUAUGGCGACAGACAUGCUGGCUAAUGGUGAUGGAACAGGCUUCCCCGAGCUCAUGACAAUUAUGGGCACAUUAGCCAGUGCUGGACAAGGGGCAGGCCACCUACAACUGCACAGGGCAGCAAUCGACUGGCUGAUCAGAUGCAAGAAAUAUCUAACUCAAAAAAAUGUUGUGGAGAAAGUGAGCACCAACUUGUCCCAAGGAAAGCAUGCCAGUAUGCUUGAGUGCUCCUGCAACAUCAUCUCUUAUUUGGCGGAUGUGAUGAACGCAUUGAGACAGAGCAAUGGUCAAGGUGCCUCCACUCUCCUGAUGGAGGGUGAAGACAAGGCCAUGGAAAUGGACUCCGACUGGGUCGAAGAAUUGGCUGUAGAGGACGAUGACUCUCAGGCAGAGGAUUCUGAUGAAGAUUCACUCUGUAAUAAGCUCUGCACCUUCACUAUCACUCAGAAGGAGUUCAUGAAUCAACACUGGUACCACUGUCACACGUGUAAGAUGGUGGAUGGGGUAGGUGUGUGCACAGUGUGCGCCAAGGUCUGUCAUAAAGACCAUGAGAUCUCCUAUGCCAAAUAUGGCUCUUUCUUCUGUGACUGCGGUGCCAAAGAGGAUGGCAGCUGCCAGGUGAGACCGAAUACUUCGGGUCAUCAUGGGAAGAGAACAACUGCGGCCUUGGUCAAACGCAGUCCAAGCAGUGGAAUGGGUUCGACUCUCAAAGAGUCGUCUGCCUUCCAGAGUGAAAUGCGAAUGCCGGAGAGUGCUAUUCGCCAUCAGAACUCUUCACCAUCUGAAAAGGGAAAAGUCACCAUCUGCGAUGGCAAAGCUGGAGAUGAAGACAGGCCUAAGAAAAGUAGUGUGUGCAAAAGCAUUGAGGGCUGCCAGGAAGAAUUACUUUCCCAAGUGACUGCAUCUUCCACUGCGGCCGUCAUCCUAGAGAUGCUCAUGUUUCUCAUGGAAGCUAUUCAGACCAAUUUCCAACAGGCAUCAGCUGUGGGAAGCAGCAGUCGUGCUCAACAAGCUCUCACUGAGUUGCACACUCAAGACAAAAAUGUGGAAAUGACGGAUCAGUUAAUGGUGCCCACACUUGGCUCCCAAGAAGGAGCUUUUGAGAAUGUGAGAAUGAAUUACAGUGGCGAUCAAGGUCAAACAAUCCGGCAGCUCAUUAGUGCCCAUGUCCUACGACGUGUUGCAAUGUGUGUUCUGUCUUCCCCUCAUGGUCGCCGCCAACACCUUGCUGUAAGCCACGAGAAAGGAAAGAUUACAGUUCUGCAGCUUUCAACUCUGCUGAAACAAGCAGACUCGAGUAAGAGGAAGCUGACACUGACCCGCCUGGCCUCUGCUCCGGUCCCGUUUACUGUCCUCAGCCUCACUGGCAACCCUUGCAAUGAAGAUUACCUGGCUGUGUGCGGUCUUAAGGACUGCCAUGUACUCACAUUCAGCAGCACAGGCUCUGUGUCAGACCAUCUGGUGCUUCACCCACAGCUGGGUACGGGCAAUUUCAUCAUCAAAGCCAUAUGGUUGCCAGGUUCACAAACUGAACUCGCAAUCAUCACUGCUGACUUUGUCAAGAUCUAUGAUUUAUCAGUGGAUGCUUUGAGCCCCAUGUACUACUUCCUCCUACCAUGCUCCAAAGUCCGAGAUGCCACGUUCCUCUUUAAUGAAGAGGGGAAAAACAUCAUCGUCAUUAUGUCUUCAGCGGGCUACAUGUAUCCUCAAGUCAUGGAUGAAUCAAGCAGUGCCCAACAUGGCCCUUUCUUCAUCACAAAUGUGUUGGAGAUCAACCACGAGGACUUGAAGGAUAAUAGCGGGCAGGUUGCCGGAGGUGGCGUCUCUGUCUAUUACUCCCAUGUUCUCCAGAUGCUUUUCUUCAGCUACAGCCAAGGAAAGUCUUUUGCUGCCACAGUGAGUCGCAGUACCACUGAUGUCCAGCGGCUUUUCCCUGUCAACUUCAAAGGGUCUAAUGGCGGAAGUAGUAAGAUGGCUCCAGCUCUCUGCCAAUGGUCCGAGGUUAUGAAUCAUCCAGGGCUGGUGUGCUGUGUGCAGCAAACAACAGGCAUUCCCCUUGUCAUCAUGGUGAAGCCUGACACAUUCCUCAUACAGGAAAUUAAAACUCUGCCUGCCAAAGCAAAGAUUCAAGACAUGGUUGCUAUUCGACACACUGCAAGCAAUGAACAGCAACGCACGACCAUGAUACUUCUCUGUGAGGAUGGAAGCCUGAGAAUCUAUAUGGCCAAUGUAGACAACACUUCCUAUUGGCUUCAACCUUCGUUGCAGCCAAGCUGUGGCAUCAAUAUCAUGAAGCCUGUACGCAAGCGCAAAGCUGCUGCAACUACCACACGCACCUCCAGUCAGGUGACAUUCCCUGUCGACUUUUUUGAGCACAACCAACAGCUCACAGAAGUUGAGUUUGGAGGCAAUGAUUUGCUGCAGGUCUACAAUGGACAGCAGAUCAAACACAGGCUCAAUUCACCUGCGAUGUAUGUGGCCAACACAAAGCACGGAGGAUUCACUGUUGAAGCAGUCAACAACAACAGUUCAAUGGUGAUGACUGGCAUGAGAGUGCAGGUUGGCAGUCAGGGCAUUGAAAGGGCUCCUUCAUAUGUAGAGGUGUUUGGCCGCACCAUGCAGAUAAACCUGACCAGAGCGCGUUGGUUUGACUUCCCCUUCACCCGAGAGGAAGCUCUUCAGGCUGACAAGAAACUCUCCAUUUUUAUUGGAGCAUCAGUUGACCCAUCUGGUGUCACAAUGCUUGACUCCAUCAAGAUUUAUGGAAAAACAAAGGAGCAGUUUGGUUGGCCCGAAGAUCCACCAGAAGACUUCUCCUCUUCUUCUGUGAAUAAUGUCUGCAGUCCCAACCUCAACCAGGGAAACGGCACUUCUGAUGGUGACAUAGCUGCUUCAAAUGCUACCAGUGGCACUGUGCUGGAGAGUUGUGAAACUGAGUCCUUAUCAACCUUGGACCGAUUGGUGGUCAGUGCACUGGAGGCGUUGGAAAACUGCUUUGCUGUAGGUUCCUCAGGUGAAAAGGAAAAGAACAAGGCUGCUGCACUAGAGCUUGCCACAUUGCUCCUGUCAAUGCCAACACCAGCUGGAGUACAACAGCAAACCAAAGGACUUCUAGCAAGUCUUCACACAAGCCGUACUGCGUAUCACACCCACAAGGACCAGUCCCUGCUGAGCAACGCAGUUCAGUGUCUGAACAGCUGUAACCAUGAGGGGAGAGAGCUCGAUCCGGAUGUCUUCCAGAGGCUUGUUAUUACUGCUCGCUCCAUUGCCAUCAUGAGACCCAACAACCUGGUCCACUUUACAGAAGCUAAAUCGCUACAUCUUGACACAGAUAUGACAGAUGAUGCUCAGAAACACUCAGAUGCUGAGGGCUCUAAUUUCAUCACCCAACUGAUGAACAAUUUUUGGAAGCUUCAUGCCCUGAAGCCCAAGAACGCUUUUCUGGCUCCGGCUUGCCUACCAGGCCUCACUCACGUGGAGGCUACAGUAAAUGCCUUGGUGGACAUCAUUCAUGCAUACUGCACAUGUGAAUUGGACUACAUCAAUGUGGCUUCGAAAAUCUACAUGCAAAUGCUGCUCUGUCCUGACACAUCUGUGAGCUUUGCCUGUAAGCAGGCAUUAAUUCGUGUGCUUCGGCCAAGAAACAAACGUCGUCACGUGACCCUUCCAUCACCCCCAAGAUCCAAUACACCCAUGGGAGACAAGGAUGAUGAUGACGAUGAUGAUGCUGAUGACAAAAUUCAACAAUCGGUUCUCACAGGUGGGGAAGAGGGUCGACAGGAGAGUCAUGAGCAGAAUGAAGUGGACCAUGGAGACUUUGAAAUGGUGUCUGAGUCCAUGGUCCUGGAGACAGCAGAGAAUCUCAACAAUGGCAACCCAUCUCCACUGGAGGCUUUGCUGGCUGGAGCUGAGGGUUUCCCUCCCAUGUUGGACAUCCCCCCUGAUGCAGAUGAUGAAACAAUGGUGGAACUGGCGAUUGCUCUCAGCCUUCAACAAGAUCAGCAAGGAAGUAGCAGCAGUGCUCUUGGCCUUCAGAGCCUUGGCCUCUCUGGCCAGGCACCAAGCUCCUCCUCACUAGAUGCUGGUACCCUCUCAGAUACUACCGCAUCAGCCCCGGCAUCAGAUGAUGAGGGCAGCACAGCUGCUACUGAUGGAUCUACUCUUCGAACCUCGCCCGCUGAGCACGGAGGCAGUGUGGGCUCAGAAAGCGGAGGCUCUGCAAUUGACUCAGUAGCAGGAGAGCACAACGUAUCUGGACGCAGUAGUGCAUACGGUGACACAACGGUUGAGGGCCAUCCUGCAGGUCCUGGCAGUGUGAGCUCCAGCACAGGAGCAAUCAGCACGACCACUGCCCAGCAGGAAGGUGACGGUUCAGAGGGGGAAGGGGAGACAGAAGGAGACAUUCACACAAGCAACAGGUUGCAUAUGGUUCGCCUCAUGCUGUUGGAACGUCUCCUCCAGCACCUGUCCCAGCUCCACAAUGUUGGUGGAGUCCAAGCCAUCCCUUACAUGCAAGUUAUUCUCAUGUUGACCUCAGACCUUGAUGGUGAAGAUGAGAAGGACAAGGGGGCCUUGGAUGACCUACUUGCACAGCUCAUUGCUGAGCUUGGGAUGAACAAAAAGGAUGUGUCCAAGAAGAAUGAACGCUGCUCCAUCAACGAAGUUCAUUUGGUGAUCAUGAGACUUCUCAGUGUCUUCAUGUCCCGAACCAAGUCUGGUUCCAAAUCAUCUGCUGAGUCAUCUUCGUUGAUAUCCAAUGCCACUGCAACCGCCCUGCUCAGUCUGGGAGCUAUUGACUACUGCCUACAUGUGCUCAAAUCACUUUUGGAGUUUUGGAAGAGUCAACAGGGAGAGGAGGAGCCUGCAAUUACCAUCCAACUCCUUCGCCCUCAUACUGCCUCUUCUCCACCUGACAUGAGCCCUUUCUUCUUGCGCCAAUAUGUCAAAGGGCAUGCUGCUGAUGUCUUUGAAGCAUACUCUCAGUUGCUUACAGAAAUGGUGCUCAGGCUUCCAUAUCAGAUAAAGAAGAUUGCAGAUAUCAACCCCCGCAUCCCACCUCCUGUCUUCGACCAUUCCUGGUUCUACUAUCUGUCUGAAUAUUUGAUGAUCCAACAGACACCAUUCGUCAGAAGGCAAGUCAGGAAGCUGCUGCUGUUUAUUUGUGGUUCCAAAGAAAAGUAUCGUCAGCUGCGGGAUCUGCACACUCUUGACUCGCAUGUGCGAAGCAUCAAAAAACUGCUGGAGGAGCAAGGUAUCUUCUUGCGUGCUGGUGUCGUCACUGCCACUUCUGGCUCGGCUCUCCAGUAUGACACACUUAUUAAUCUGAUGGAGCACCUGAAAGCAUGCGCUGAAAUUGCAACUCAGAGGACGAUCAAUUGGCAGAAGUUUUGCAUGAAAGAUGACUCUGUUUUGUACUUCCUGCUCCAAGUCAGCUUCUUGGUUGACGAAGGAGUAUCACCAGUGCUGCUGCAGCUUCUUUCAUGUGCCCUUUGUGGAAGCAAAGUGUUGGCCAACUCCUCAUCCAUCUCAGGAGGCAGUUCUGGUAGCACUGGUCAGGGAGGAACCUCGCAGUCUUCUCAGAGCAAAUCAUCCAGUAAAAAGAGCAAAAAAGAGGACAAAGAGAGGGAUAAAGAUGGUGAAGGAGUUGGCAGUCAGGAGGAUCAGUUGUGCAUGGCUCUCGUGAGUCAGCUGAACAAAUUUGCUGACAAGGAAACACUGGUUCAGUUUCUGCGUUGUUUUCUGCUGGAGUCAAAUUCGUCCUCUGUGCGCUGGCAAGCUCACUGCCUGGCCUUGCACAUCUACAGAAAUUCCAGUAAAUCUCAACAGGAACUUCUUCUGGAACUAACAUGGGCUAUCUGGCCUGAGCUUCCUGCAUACGGCCGCAAAGCUGCCCAGUUCGUUGAUUUGCUUGGAUAUUUUUCACUGAAGACCCCACAAACUGAGAGGAAGCUGAAAGAAUAUUCUCAAAAAGCUGUGGAAAUUCUUCGGACACAGAACCAUAUUUUGACAAAUCAUCCCAACUCCAACAUUUACAAUACUCUGUCAGGUUUGGUGGAAUUUGACGGUUUUUAUCUGGAGAGUGACCCCUGCUUGGUGUGCAACAAUCCAGAAGUCCCUUUCUCAAACAUUAAGCUGUCGUCAAUCAAAGUGGACACCCGCUACACUACCACGCAGCAGGUGGUGAAGCUCAUUGGCAGCCACACCAUCAGCAAAGUUACUGUGAAAAUAGGCGACCUUAAACGCACCAAAAUGGUUCGCACUAUAAAUCUCUACUACAACAACAGGACUGUGCAAGCUAUUGUGGAGCUGAAGAACAAACCAGCCCGUUGGCACAAGGCAAAGAAAGUGCAGCUUACUCCUGGGCAAACGGAGGUGAAGAUAGACCUGCCCUUGCCUAUCGUUGCAUCGAAUCUGAUGAUCGAGUUCUCAGAUUUUUAUGAGAACUACCAGGCCUCCACUGAGACCCUCCAGUGUCCACGAUGCAGCGCCUCUGUGCCUGCCAACCCGGGUGUGUGUGGCAACUGUGGGGAGAAUGUUUACCAGUGCCACAAGUGCAGAUCAAUCAACUACGAUGAGAAGGAUCCAUUCCUGUGCAACGCUUGUGGUUUCUGUAAAUACGCCCGAUUUGACUUCAUGCUUUAUGCAAAACCAUGUUGUGCUGUGGAUCCCAUUGAGAAUGAGGAGGACAGGAAAAAAGCUGUCACGAAUAUCAACACUCUGCUGGACAAAGCUGACAGGGUUUAUCACCUGCUGAUGGGCCACAGGCCACAGUUGGAAAGUCUUUUGUCUAAAGUCAACGAGGCAGCACCGGAGAAGCCACAGGAUGACACGGGAGCAGGUACAGGUCUCGGCACUUCCUCUGCCAAUGUGAACAGGUAUAUUCAACAGCUUGCUCAAGAGUACAGUGGGGACUGUAAAACCUCCUUUGAUGAGCUCUCAAAAAUAAUCCAGAAAGUCCUUGCGUCUCGUAAAGAACUGCUGGAAUAUGACCUGCAGCAGCGAGAAGCAGCCACCAAGUCAUCGAGAAGUAGCAGCCAACAACCCACUUUUACUGCGAGUCAGUACCGCUCCCUCUCAGUGCUGGGUGCUGGACACACUUCAUCUACAAAGUGCUACGGCUGCGCCUCAGCUGUGACUGGACAUUGUAUCACUCUGCUCCGGGCCCUCGCAACAAACCCAGCACUCCGACAGAUCCUGGUGAUUCAGGGGCUUAUUCGUGAGCUGUUUGAGUACAACCUGAGGCGAGGUACAGCUGCCAUGCGGGAGGAAGUGCGGCAGCUGGUCUGUCUUCUCACAAGAGAUCACACGGAGGCCACUCAGCAGAUGAAUGAUUUGAUCAUUGCAAAGGUUUCAUCCGCUCUCAAAUGCCACUGGGCUAAUCCAGACUUGGUUAGCAAUUUGCAAUAUGAGAUGUUGCUGCUGACCGAUUCCAUUUCAAAAGAAGGGGGAUGCUGGGAGUUGCGGUUGCGAUGUGCCCUCAACCUAUUCCUCAUGUCAGUCAACAUAAAAGCUCCAGUGGUAGUUGAGAACAUCACUCUCAUGUGCCUGAGAAUCCUGCAGAAGCUUAUUAAACCCCCAGCACCAACAAGCAAGAAAAACAAGGAUGCUGCAACUGAAUCCCUCACUACAGUUAGGCCGUACAGUAAUGAGAUCCAUGCACAGGCCCAACUCUGGCUGAAAAAGGAUCCAAAAGCUUCUUAUGAGGCUUGGAAAAAGUGCCUCCCAGCAAGAUGUCAAGAAUCACUGUCCAAGCUCCAAGGAAAGGUGGAGUUGAGAAGGCAGUACCUGAUGGAGAAGUAUGUCUGGAAGUGGAAGCAGUUCAUGUGGUCCAGAAAGGGUGAAAGCCUCUUCCCUCGCCUCCUCAAGUUGAGCCACAACAACUGGCUGCGACAGGUACUUUUCACACCUGCCACUCAAGCAGCUCGGCAGGCUGCAUGCACCAUUGUGGAGGCUCUCACCACUAUCCCAAGUCGAAAGCAACAGGUCCUGGAUCUGCUUACCAGUUACCUUGAUGAGCUUAGUGUAGCCGGAGAAUGUGCAGUGGAGUACUUGGGUCUGUACCAGAAGUUGAUCAAGCCAACCCAUUGGAAGAUUUAUCUCGCUGCUUGUGGGGUCUUGCCCCAUAUUGGCAGUUUGAUAACUAAGGAAAUUGCAAAUCUCCUGACGUUGGAAGAGGCAACACUGAGCACAGAUCUGCAGCAAGGCUACGCCCUGAAGAGCUUGACCGGACUGCUCUCAUCCUUUGUUGAAGUGGAAUCCAUCAAGCGCCAUUUCAAAAGCCGACUGGUUGGCACGGUGCUCAAUGGUUACCUGUGUCUGAGAAAGCUGGUGGUUCAGCGUACAAAGCUGAUUGAUGAGACUCAGGACAUGCUUUUGGAGAUGUUGGAGGACAUGACUACAGGCACUGAGUCUGAAACCAAAGCAUUCAUGGCAGUCUGCAUUGAGACUGCGAAGCAGUACAAUCUGGAUGACUACAGGACACCGGUCUUCAUUUUUGAGCGACUCUGCAGCAUCAUUUAUCCUGAGGAAAAUGAGGUCACUGAGUUCUUUGUGACGUUGGAGAAAGAUCCUCAGCAGGAAGACUUUCUCCAGGGACGGAUGCCAGGAAACCCUUACAGCAGCAAUGAGCCUGGCAUCGGUCCUCUCAUGAGGGACAUCAAGAACAAGAUCUGCCAAGACUGCGAUUUGGUCGCACUUCUCGAGGAUGACAGCGGCAUGGAGCUGUUGGUAAACAACAAAAUCAUUAGCCUGGACCUAUCAGUGGCAGAGGUCUACAAGAAGGUCUGGUGUCCAGCAAAUGAGGGUGAACCAAUGAGAAUAAUUUAUCGAAUGAGAGGUCUGCUGGGAGACGCCACCGAAGAGUUCAUCGAGUCUCUGGACUCGACGACAGAUGAGGAGGAGGACGAUGAAGAGGUCUACAAGAUGGCCGGAGUCAUGGCUCAGUGUGGGGGUUUGGAAUGUAUGCUCAACCGUCUUUCUGGAAUAAAAGACUUCAAACAAGGAAGGCAUCUGCUCACUGUCCUGUUGAAGCUGUUCAGUUACUGUGUGAAGGUGAAGAUCAACCGGCAGCAGCUGAUCAAGCCAGAGAUGAACACACUCAAUGUGAUGCUAGGAACAUUGAACUUGGCUCUCCUGGCGGAGCAGGAAAGUAAGGACAGUGGUGGUGCGUCAAUAGCAGAGCAAGUUCUCAGCAUCAUGGAGAUCAUCCUGGAUGAAGCCAAUGCCGAGAUUUCAGAGGACAAGGGCAACCUGCUGCUCACUGGCGACAAAGACCAGCUGGUCAUGUUGUUGGACCAGAUCAACACCCCUUUCGUGCGCUCAAACCCCAGCGUUCUGCAGGGCCUUCUGCGCAUCAUCCCUUUCCUGUCAUUCGGUGAAUUUGAAAAGAUGAGGAUCCUGGUGGAGCGCUUCAAACCGUGCUGCAGCUUUGACAAGUACGAUGAGGAGCACAGUGCUGAUGACAAAGUGUUUUUGGAUUGCUUCUGUAAAAUCGCUGCUGGUAUCAAGAAUAACAGUAACGGCCAUCAGCUCAAGGAUCUCAUUCUCCAAAAAGGAAUCACACAAAGUGCUCUGGACUACAUGAAAAAAUAUAUUCCCAACGCCAAAAAUCUUGAUGCAGACGUCUGGAAAAAGUUUCUCUCUCGACCUGCUCUGCCCUUCAUCCUAAGAUUGCUCCGUGGUUUGGCUACUCAACAUCCACCGACACAGGUUCUCAUCGGCACUGAUUCAAUAACCAAUUUGCACAAGCUGGAGCAGGUAUCCAGUGACGAAGGCAUCGGCACACUGGCCGAGAACCUUUUGGAAGCGCUGAGGGAGCACAGCGAUGUCAACCUGAAGAUUGAUGCCGCCCGCAGGGAGACCAGAGCUGAGAAAAAGCGAAUGGCCAUGGCCAUGAGACAGAAAGCACUGGGAACACUGGGCAUGACGACGAACGAAAAAGGUCAAGUGGUCACAAAGACUUCACUGCUAAAACAAAUGGAGGAGCUGAUAGAGGAACCUGGCUUGACCUGUUGCAUCUGUCGAGAAGGUUACAAAUUCCAGCCGACCAAGGUCUUAGGUAUUUACACUUUCACAAAGCGUGUGUCCUUGGAGGAGUUUGAAAACAAACCUCGCAAGCAGCAGGGCUACAGCACUGUGUCGCACUUUAAUAUAGUCCACUACGACUGCCAUUUGGCCGCUGUCAGACUGGCUCGUGGGCGGGAGGAGUGGGACAGUGCUUUCCUCCAGAACGCAAACACAAAGUGCAAUGGACUGCUUCCAGUGUGGGGGCCACAUGUGCCGGAAUCAUCGUUCGCUACAUGUUUAGCAAGGCACAACACAUAUCUGCAGGAGUGCACAGGCCAGCGGGAGCCGACGUACCAACUCAACAUUCACGACACCAAACUGCUUUUCCUCCGCUUUGCCACAGAGCAAUCCUUCAGUGUGGACACCGGCGGAGGAGGCAGAGAAAGCAACAUUCACCUCAUCCCAUACAUCAUCCACACUGUGCUCUACGUACUCAACACUACGAGAGCCACCUCCCGAGAAGAGAAGAACCUGCAGAGUUUCCAGGAGCAGCCUUGUGAGAAAUGGGUGGAGAGUUCCUAUGAUGUUGAAGGAGCACACUACUUCACCGUCUUGGCCAUGCACAUCAUGCCACCAGAGCGCUGGCGGACUUCACGGAUCUACUUCCUGCAGAGACUGUUGGUCUGUGCUCACGCCCGCAAAGUCUCACCAGUCGGCACCAACAAGCUCACAGAUAAAGCACCAAAGGAAUAUGCAGUCUAUCGCUCUCCUCUUCUCUUUUGGGGGCUGGUGGACCUUGUCUAUGACAUGUUCAGGAAAGUUCCAACCAGCAACACAGAGGGAGGAUGGUCCUUCUCACUGGCAGAGUAUGUGCGCCACAACGACAUGCCCAUCUACGAGGCCUCAGAGCGUGUGCUCCGUGCCUUCCAGGAUGAACUCAUGCCUGCUGAGUCUCUGUCAGAGUUCUUUGAUGUUGUGGGUCUCCUCUCUGAAAUUGCUGACCCGGACCUAUUCCUUCAGGACUUGUUAAACUCUUUGCCCUGAUGUUCAUCCUCCGCCAUUCAUCGAACACAACAGCCUGCUUAUUAACGCUUUCACACCAAAUUCUCUUUUACACACGCACACAAACACAUAGUGACAAAACAAGGCCUCCUAACUCACUGCCCUCCCCCUCGUGUGACAUGCCUAAAAGUACCUGCGAGCCGUGUACCGAUCUGGACACCUCAAUAAUCACAUGCACACUUUGUUGUUUCAGAGACGUCGACCUGCGAAUUUGUCUUGAGAUUUGAAUAUUUUUCCUCACCUCUUAUACAAUCGUCGAGCCAGAUCUUAACUGUUGAUUUGUGAUUAUUUAUGUGAGCAAAAAAGCUACGAAGAAGUUCCAGUUUCCCAGUUACUGUUAGUUAGAUGUCGGGCUCUGACCCCGAGUGGCGUUGGAUUUUAUCUCGUUUGGAUUUCUCCUCCGUUGGUUUGGUUUGAACUUUUUUUUUUUUUUUUUUUAAAGGUUUGUGGCACCUCUGCUUGUUUGGUCUUGUAAGUUCUAACUGGAAUUUGAGUGGAAAAAAUGUUUCACUUUCACUUAAAUCAGCUCCCCACUCAUUUGUUCUCCAUCCGUUCAGCUCUGCCUCGGUUGCAUUGAGUUUUCAAAACUGUUCAAAUUAACAAUAAAGCAGAUUUACAUGAUAUUUUUUCUUUGAGUAAUGUGUCUGUCUGCACUUUCAGACCCAUAUGUGCUCUUCAGGCAUCCUACGGUCGGUAACCGAGUCAGUCCAAAGUAAAGUCCUGCUGAGUUUUCUCCUCAGUGAUGUGGGGUUCUUGUACCUUCACAGCUGAAUGCAUGGUGUGCUCACUGGGUUCAUUGUUGACACCAUCAAAUGUGAUCCACACUGCUGCAAUUGUUCAAAUAUUGCUGAAUGUCUGCUUUUCGAAUUUAGCCGAGAAUUAAUAAAGAUGAAAUAAAUCCAAACUUCUGCUUUUUUACAGUUAAUGCCUAUGAAUUAUUCGCUAACUUCCAGUUA